AAACUGUCUCUUACACACUUGUUCACUCAGACAGAGAGGACCAGGAAACACACUGAGGAGCAGAAGUCUCCCGCGCAGCUACCGCUUGGUCUGGACUGUUGUCUCCAGCCUCCCGCUCAUGGUUCCCAUCGCCGGGCAUCAGCCAGUUCCUCAUUGUUCCCCAUGUUCCAGAGACUCAGGGAUCUGUGAGGAAUAACUAACAUGCUGUUUGUUUGUAGCUCCGGUUAGCAUGUAGCAUGUAAACAAAAGCUGAAUCAGUGAAAGUCGCUAUAAGCAGCAGAGAGCUGUGGGUGCUGGAGCAGAACUGCUCAGUUUAAAUGUACAGCAGGUAGUUAGUCACUGUAAUGAAGAAAACAACAACAUUAACUGUGUUCAGAUAGAGCAGCAAUAAACUCUACCGGUAACAGAAACUCCAGAGACCGGCGAGGAGACGCUGCAGUGACGUCAGCACGUAAACGGUCCGUCACUGCUGGUGAUGAAAGAUGAUCCAAGGAUCCAGCUGAUUACUGGCAGUUUGAAGGUGGAUUUUUCUUCAUCUGCUCCGUUGCUCCGUCACUUCUGUCCCACAGCUCCUGAAGGCGCCGUCCGGCAGUUGCAGAGGGACUGUUGCUAUGGUAACUGCUGCGCGGCGGAGAACUCGGAUCUCUUUUAGCUAACACAAAGUUUUUACAGACAGUUUGUGAAAUGUCGACAAACAUUGACCCACUGUCAGUGGAGGAGGCUGCAGGAGGAGGAGAGGAGGAGGAGGAGGAGGAGGAAGAGGAGGGAGGAGCGGGAGAGUGGAACCGACAGUCCCAGGUUCCGGUGAAGGUGUUACGAGCUCACAGUGACAGCGUCACCGCAGCUCGACUCUGCUUCAGCGACAGCCGCCUCCUCAGCUGCUCCUCAGACCGCACCGCCAUCCUCUGGGAUGUGGACACCUGCAGACCUCUGAGGAUGUUUGAGGGAGUUCAUGGGAAAACCAUCACUGAGUGUGCUUUAGUCCCGAACAGCAACAGGAUGAUCACAGUGUCCUGGGAUAAGAAGAUGGUGGCCUGGGACCUGGAGACGGGACAGACUGUGUGGAAGUGGCGGCUGGGCGGUCUGCUGACCUCCUGCAGCGUCUCGCCUGACGGCCGCCUGGUUGUUUGUGCAGCUGAUCCUCAGAACAGCAUUUACAUCAGUGACGCAGCGAGCGGACAGACGCUGCACCACGUGAGCGAUCAUCACCGCUCCACCAUCACACGCUGCAGGUUCGACCCUCAGAGCCAGAGAGUGGCCACGGUGUCUGCGGACCGCAGCAUCAGACUGUGGGACCUGCUGGUCCAGAAGACCACCGUGUCCAUCGACAGUAACCAUGGCAACGUCAUCUCCGACUGCUGCUUCACCAACAACGGGCAAUUCCUCUGCACAGCAUCAUGGGAUAAGACAUUGAAGCUGUGGGACCUUCAGGCGGGGGGGUUUCGAUCUCACGGCGGGACGUCGCUGCAGAGAGGUCAUGAAGGCAGCGUGAGCUGCUGCAGCUUCUCUGCUGACGCGAACCUGCUGGUGUCUGGCUCCUACGACAGGACUGUUGCAUUCUGGGAUAUGUCCUCCCUCUGCCUGUCGCUCAUCUUGAAGGGCCACAGUGAUUGGGUGACAGACGUGUCAGUCAGCGCAGACAGGAAGUUGGUCGCCUCUGCCUCUAAGGACGGGACCGUCAGGUUGUGGGACAUUGAGAACAUGGAGGAGAUCCCAGAGGUCAUGGAGAAGAGGAGGACUGAAGGAUCAGGGAUUCACAUCCUCAAGUGUGAGGAGUGUGGAAAGCCGUUCCCAGUAUCCAGACUUCAGACCUCAGAGCUGCUGACUCAGUGCGUCUUCUGUCGACUCAGAUCACCGUCCAGAUAUCGACCACAGCCUCCACCUCUCAUGUGACUUCCUGUCCAGGAGGUCAGAGCAGCAGCUGGUAGGGACUCAGCGUUGUGCCCACAGACACUCAGGCUGGGUGUGGGGAGCAUGAUGAGGCUACAGGCUGCUGUGUUCAUUACAAGCAACACGAUGCUGGAGUUUCCUGUUUCUAUAGAAACAAACACGACUCCUCCAGAUACAAGAAGCUCACAGCUGAUCCAUCACCAUCGGUCCAUUAAUCAAUAAGUUAAUCAACAGAAAAAUAAUCAGCCGCUAUUUUCAUCCUAAAUACAAGUUCACAGACUCAUAUGUAAACGAUGCUGCUUGUCAAUGUAAAUGUAGAUAAUUCAAAAUCAUUAUAAAUAAUUAAAAGUCUCACCUGUCGUGAAGUAACAGAAGUUUGUCCUGAUGGUGGCGCUGGAGGAAGGAAGUGAGGUCACUAACAGCUGGUUUUAGGUAAGAUAAAGUUUCUGAAUAAAUGACAGAAUUCAAACGUACUUGUUUUAUUAUUCUUAUUAUUUGUACAUACAGUACAGCUGUGAGCACAGUUCUCUGCUCAGUUACAUUAACGUGUUGAAAACCAGUCCUGUGAUCACGCGAGUCACAUGAGGCCGAAGAUGAACAACGGCUGCAGAGGACAGUAAACAUCUCAUCAUAUCACUGUAUUAUCAUCAGGGCAUAAAUCACCUGUUCGGCCUGAGAGUUUGGGUUUUGUUGGUCGACAUGAUGGAGACACAAACAUGAGUCAGUGGCUCAUUCACAUCAGAAAUGUUUCAUUUUCUGCAGCAGCAGGAACUGAAGUGACAUGUUGUUCCUACCCAGGUCAGUUAUGGAGGAGCACCAGAGUUUGUUUGGUUCUCUGGUGAAGACUGAAUGAACUCCAUUGUGUUCUGUGGUUGUUAAAUGAAUUGUUUGUCUCGUCCAAUCAGGAGAUGAGUUUCUGCUCAAGCUGUGACUGAAGCAGCGAAAUAAACCGACUCUGGAGAAUCUGAUGUAAAUGAGCCACGAGAAUAAAAACGUUUCACAGAUAAAGUUUAUAUUUGACCUGUUAAACCAUGUUGUUGUCUUUGACGUCUAAUUUAAAAUCUGUUUGAUGUAAUUAAUUCUGGUCUGUUAAUUAAACCCCUCAAUGAUU